CAGCUAUCGUUAGAGGAGCGGUAGCAUACGGAUUAAACAUGGGUAUUGUAGAAAGUAGAGUCUUAAAAUGGACGUAUGGAGUGGAGAUAAAAUCAGAUUAUGAUAUUCGGAAUGAUCCAUCUAGUCUUCGAGUGGCAGUAUUUCAUGUAUAUAUUACAAAAUCCCUUCGACCGAAAUAUAUUGGAGAGGAUGGUAUGAAAUUACUUGGUACCCUAAGAAUCGAAUUAUCCAAUGCACCAACACUAGGACGCGAGCGUCCAGUCGAAUUCGCAUUAACCUUUGGUACAAUGGAAAUUAAAGCAACUGCUAAAAAUAAGUUAACGCAAGAAGUUUAUAACACCACUUUCGAAUUAGAUGUUCAGAGAAGUUGA